GAUUGGGGUCAUUUGAUUAUAUCCUGUAUUACAAUCACACGCUUUACUGUUCACUAACACGUAAAUCUAACGAAAAUCUAUUGAAAUAUGAGCAAGUUCCGACUUGACUUCAACGUCUAUGCUUUGCAUUUGACGGCAACGCCGCCUCUCCCAACAUGGCUUCCGCGUAAGCACGUUUAGUAGGCGGGUUGCCGCAGCGCGCUGGCGCCUUUCUGGUAUCUUGUUGAAUCUAUGCAGUAGGCGCAAGUUUCACUUCCUGGUUGGAUUAAGCAAGAUCGCCUUGCCGCGUCGCUCGGAAGCUGCAGAACGAUUCAGUCACGGGAUUGAACAAAUUUACGCCUUGGACUGUAAAAAAAAAAAAAUGACUCGUCACAGGGCAGCGAAGGAGCAGUUUGCCUGACAAAUGACAACCAAGUUUGGGGAUGCCGACUGUCAAUUCCACCUCAGAUGAAGAGCCGCUUCUCUCGGGAAACCGUCAGCUGUACAACGCGUCGGACUCGGAAGAUGAAGGUGACACUUUAUUUGAGAGGAGAACGUCAAACGAAAGAGACGCCGACGAGGACGCACGCGGCAGACUGACAUAUGAGGAAGCCAUCGAGGUAGCAGGCUUCGGCCCGUUCCACGGGCUGCUGCUGCUGGUGUGCGGCUGGGCUAACGCCAGCGACGCGGUGGAGAUCGUGGGCGUGUCCUUCCUGCUGCCCACCGCCCGUUGCGACCUCCUGCUCAGCUCCUCCGACAUGGGCCUGCUGACCGCCUCCAUUUUCCUCGGCAUGAUGGCGGGCGGCUACUUGUGGGGUUACAUGGCCGACAGGAGGGGGCGCUGCAGCGUCUUGGUGGUCUCGCUGACCGUCAACGGCGUGUUCGGAGGCCUGGCCAGCGCGGCGCAGAGGUUCUGGCUCUUCCUGCUGCUCAGGUUCAUCAGCGGUGUGGGGGUCGGCGGGUCCAUUCCCGUCAUCUUCUCCUACUUCUCAGAGUUUAUACCCCGACUGAGGCGAGGCGCCAUGAUCAGCGCUCUGGCCACCUUUUGGAUGGCGGGGAACAUUCUGGCUGCAGGCCUGGCCUGGUUGGUGAUCCCCGGAAGCUGGGCCCAUUUUUCCCUGGGCCCGCUGGACUUCCAAAGCUGGCGGGUGUUCGUUGUACUCUGCUCCAUCCCGAGCAUCACAUCGGCGAUCAUCUUCAAGCUGUUCAUGCCCGAGAGCCCCAAAUUCCUCACGGAGGCCGGUCGAGAGACAGAAGCGAUCCAGGUCUUCCGCCAGAUGCACCGAGUGAACACGCUCGGGAAAGGAACAUCUUUCCCGGAGUUUUCUUUGCACGUGAAUGUCAAGCAAAGAGAGGACAAAACCCAGACUCGGCAGGCGUGCGGACGACUCGGCGCUGUUCUCAAGCAGGGUCUGAUGCCGGUCCGCCUGAUGUUCAGCGGGAACCUCAAAUCCAGGAGCAUCGUGCUGCUCCUCAUCUUCUACUGCAUCUCCUUCAGUUACUACGGUCUGUGGAUGUGGUUCCCCGAACUGUUCGCCCGAAUGGAGGACGGCGGCUCCCCGUGCGCCAGCAACGUGUCCGCCGCGACCGCCCAGCCCAACCACAGCUGCUACCCCGUCAACACCGUCGUGUACGAGGAGGGCUUCUUCAUCGCCGCCGCCAACCUCCCCGGCAACAUCUUUACCAUCCUGGUCAUGGACACCGUUGGAGGCAGGCUGCUGCUCUCGAGCAGCCUGCUCGUGUCCAGCCUCAGCGUGUUCCUCAUCUACGCCGUGCAGACCAAAACGCAAAGUCUGGUCCUGUCCUGCUUGUUUAGCGGCGUGUCCGUCAUCGCCUGGAACGCGCUGGACGUGGUGGGCACGGAGCUCUACCCCACGCAGCUGCGUUCGUCGGCGCUGGGCGUCUUCACGGGGGCCGGCCGAGUGGCGGCCAUCAUGGGGAACGUGGCCUUCGGCAGCCUGGUGGACUCGGACUGCGCCGUGCCCGUCCUGCUGGUGUCGGGCUUGCUGCUCGCCGGCGGCGUCGUGGCGCUCUUCCUCCCGCGCAGCAAACAGACGGAGCUCGCCUGAGCCGCAACCAAAACUCCACUCCGAUAUCCAGACCCAGACAAGUUCAUUUAUUUCCAUAAAUCCUUGAACUUUCAUAGAUUAUAGAUUCAGGGCCCGUAAUUGAAACAAUUUCAAGUAUUUGUUUAUUUUUACAUGAUUUUGGGCUCUAGCUCAUCGCAAAAUCAGGAAUGCAAAAAAUAUGAAUAUUGUGAAGAAAUUAGCCCAAGUUUUGCAAGCUUUAAAUAUUUUUUAACUGAUCUGAGGAUCAGUACGGAGAUGCAGAUUUCAUCUUCCAGCAGGACCGGUCCCCGGUCAAAUCCUGCCAGAAGCGCCAAAACCUGCUUUGAUUCCCGUGCCAUCGUAGCGCUCGACUGCCAGGCCCACUCGCCGGAUCUAAACCCCAUUGAGAAUGCACGAGGCGGGGGGAUUAUCAAGAGGAAAAUGAGGCACACCAGACCCCAAAACAAAGAACUUAAAGCAAGCGUCAAGGAUGUCUGCACUUCCGUAACGCCAAGGCAAUGCUGCGAGCUGAUUGGCUCGGUGCCACGCUGCAAAGGGAUUCUCAAUUAAGUACAGUGGUACCUCUACUUGCGAACAUCUCUAGUAACGAAAAACUCAGGUUACAAAACGCCUCCUCAGAAAAAUACUCUCAAAUUACGAAGGAAAUUCAGGAUGCAGAAGGAAAAAAAUAGCCGCUGGAUUCCCCAAAUUCCCCCCAACGUGCACGUCCUUUGUCUUGGUAUGUGUGGCGCGAGAGAGCUGCUCUCCCAUUGGCUCUCGCCGUAGCAUCUUCCUGGCAUGCCAUUGGCUAGGAGAGACUCUUUACCCAUGAUGCACUUCCUGCAUCUUGGUUUGUCUGGCGCGGUAGAGCUCUUCUCCCAUUGGCUAUCGCAUAGCAUCUUCCUGGCAUCCCAUUGGCUAGGAGGGAUCCCACUCUUUACCCAUGAUGCACUUCCCGCAUCUUGGUUCGUCUGGCGCAACAGAGCUGCUCUCCCAUUGGCUAUCGCCGUAGCAUCUUCCUGGCAUCCCGUUGGCUAAGAGGGAUGCCAAUCUUUUUUUUUUUUUUUUUUUUUUUUUUUACCCGUGAUGCUUUUUGAUUCCCAUUGAUAUCAUUUUGAAAGUACCAUAUUUGGAUUGAUUUAAUGUGACCCUUAGUUCUCUCUCUUUUUUUUUUUUUUCUACAAAAACUGAGAAGCAAAUGAUUUGUUCAAAGCAUUCUGUUUUUGCAUUCUUGAUUUUGUUUGUGGCGGCACAGUGGAUUAGUUGGUAAAGCGUUGACCUCACACUUCUGAUGACGCGGGUUCAAAUCCCAGCCCCGCCUGUGUGGAGUUAGCACGUUUUCCCGGUCUGUGCCUGCGUGGCUUUUCUCCGGUCACUCCUGGUUCUCCCCGCAUCCCAAAGACACGCAUUCAUUGGAGACCGUAAAUUGCCCCUAGGUGUGAUUGUCAGUGCGACUGUUAUCUGACUCCAUGUGCCCUGUGACUGACUGGCGACCAAUUCAGGGUGUCGUCGCCCAAUGUUAGCUGGGAUUAGGCUGCAGCACUCCCGUGACCCUUGUGAGGAUGAGUGGCUGGGAAAAUGGAAUUGGAACUUUUCCAUGAUAUUCACUUUUUUUGCUCUGCAUGGACACACAACCUCAUGAACUCCUCACCUUUUUGGAAAUACUGUAUGUGAUUAGAGUCAAUAUCAAAAGUCUACACACUCCUUUGUUCAAAGGCUUUGUUUUGAUAUCAAAGAUGUAUCAUUUCAAAACCUUUUCUGCCCUUAUUGUGACCUCAUAGGAAACUCUCCACAGCUCUGCACUCCCAAUAACAGUACCGGCUCCUCGAAAAUAUUUAACACGCGGCUAUGAUCGAUUGCCGAAAUAGCUGGCAACAAAAGUGAGUACACCCCUAAGUGAAAGUGUCCAAAUCGCUUUACUCAGAUAUGCUAUGUUAACGAUCUAUACAAUAUUUCAAUAACAAGUUGAUUUUAUGGAUUUUUAUGUUUCACUCCCGCAUAUUUUUAUUUUUAUUUUUUACAUUGCUCAAUUGAGUCGACACAAGCAAAGAACUGAAAGUUACUGCAUAAAACCAAAGGCUUUAUUUUUCAUUUGAUUCUUAUUUUGUAUUGUGUAUAUAUUUUUUUUUUUUCAACAAGCAUUGGAAAAUAAAAUUGA